AUGGUCAGACCUGGACUCUUCUUGAAGGACGUAGCGAAGUUUGCAAGCCGCGCUGAACAAGCGGAGCAGCGAGCAGAGGUGCUCGCGGCAGAGCUCGCUGCAGCAUCUGCUCGGCUGGCUGAAGUGGAGGACGGCGCCAGUGCAAAAGUGGCUGCGGCCGCCACCAGCCUUCGUGCCUCCGAGGCAGCUUGCCUGGCGGCAGUUGAAGCGGCGCAGGACGCCAACGAAGCACGACGACGGGUGGAGGAGGAGCUGCUGAAGGAAACGGCGGCGGCGAAGAAGGCGUCCAGUGACCAAAUGACAGAAGCGGCUGCAGCGAAAGCAGCUAGGGAAGAAGCAAGCCGCGUCAAAGCCCUUGCCAGAUCAAGGGCAUCCGCUCUGCACCAGAUGCGUGCUGAUUCGCAGGAGCUCGCGAUGCUGGCAACCUGCUUUGCCACAUGGCGCCUUUGGCUCGCCGAAACGCGCAUCAGCUCGGCAAAAGAGGUCACCGCUGCCAAGGCCAGACAGCGCGUGCGGAAUGGAAUUGAGUCAGCACUGAAAGGCACAGAGAUCGAGGUGAUGCACACUGUGAUUGCAGCAUGGCGCACCUCGUUGUGCACGCGACGCACAGUGGGCUCCCUUCAGGCAGCUCUCUUUGCGGAGGAGGCGGAUCGAGCUUCAGCCCUGCGGGCGCAGAGGAGCGAGUGUGACGUUCUCCUACUCCAGGCGGAGGCACGACACCGGAUAGCCUUACAGAAGCUCAGAACAGAGCUCGCAGAAGCUCAGGCCAAGCAGAAGGAGGCCUCCGCCGCAGAGCGUUUGGCCCUCCAGGCUGCUGUUCGAGCUGAAUCGAUUGGGUGGCCCUCAGCACUGGACUUGCCAGACACAGAGGACGAUCAUGCGUCAUCUCCUGAAACGGAGUGA